AUGACUACCACAGCACAACAAGAACAGGUUUGCCCGCUCUCGGAGCAUUGCUCAGAGUGGCGGCGGAUAUGUUUGAUGGACAGAUGGAUGAGCAGGCUGAUCAGCAGAGGGUACUCUCUGCAAUUCGCCUCCCCUCCCCCGCAGUUCAAUGGGAUUCAGGAAACACUCCUGUCAUCCCAAGAACAGUGUCUUGCGCUCCAGGAGGAGCUGCAGGAACUCCUGGUAAAAAAUGCGAUUUCCAGAGUUCCUCAAGGAGAAGAAAAUCGGGGGUUUUACUCCCGUUAUUUUCUUAUCCCAAAAAAGACCGGGGGAAUGAGACCCAUCCUCGAUCUGUCAGCAUUCAACAGGGUGAUAAUGAAAAGACCUUUUCAUAUGCUGACAAUCAAACAGGUGCUGGAAAAUUUUCACCAGGGGGACUGGUUUACGUCAAUAGACCUGAAGGAUGCCUACUUCCACAUAACCAUAAUCCCGAAACACAGGAAAUUCCUGCGUUUUUCUUUCCAGGGGAUUUCGUACCAGUUCAAUCGACUGCCGUUCGGAUACUCCCUGGCUCCUCGCACUUUUUCAAAGUGUGUGGAGACGGCUCUGGAGCCGCUUCACAGAGGAGGGAUGAGGGUGUUAUUUUAUCUGGACGACCUGCUGUUGCUGGCUCGAUCCAAGGACGAGGCUGCUUUACAGACGGUACAGCUCGUAUCUCAUCUGUCAAGCCUGGGUUUCAUUGUCAACUGGAAGAAGAGCUGUCCUCUUCCCUCCCAGGUUAUCAUUUAUCUGGGAGUGGAAUUGAACUCAGCCCUCAUGAGAGCGCGACUCUCACAGCAGAGAGUGGAGAAAGUGACAGCUCUCCUCCGACGCGUCACACCUCGCAGGGUGGUGACAGCCCUCUCCGUGAUGCAGCUGUUGGGCAUGAUGUCAGCUGGUCACGUGGUGAUCCCUCUGGGACUCCUUCACAUGAGGAGACUCCAGAGGUGGUUUAUUCGCCUGCACAUCGACCCCGUGCGGCAGAAGAGACGCAUGGUGUACAUUCCCCCUUCCGUGGGUUUGGAUUUAGCCUAUUGGAAAAAUCUCCACGUCCUGUCAGUGGGGGUUCCCCUGGGCAGAGUGACGUCACACACAGCGGUGUUCACAGACGCAUCUCUCGCAGGCUGGGGAGGAACGUGCAUGUCGCAGGCAGUGGGGGGACAGUGGCCGGCUCACAUGUCUCUCCACAUAAACGUGCUGGAGUUAAACUCCGUAUGGAGAGUAAUCCAGCACUUCGCCCCGUUGCUGUUCAAACAACAUGUGUUGAUUCGGACAGACAACAGAGCAGCGGCGGCAUACAUAAAUCGCCAGGGAGGCGUACGAUCAGCGCAGCUGCUGAGCACAGCCAGGCGGCUGCUGUGCUGGGCGCAAACACACGUACUCUCUAUCAGAGCGGUGUAUAUUCCCGGCGUGUUGAAAAGAGAGGCGGACCUCAUGUCCAGAGGAGGUCCUCGUCAAGGGGACUGGAGCCUCCACCCCGAAUUGGUCUCCCAGGUAUGGAGCAGGUUCGGGAGAGCGGAGGUGGAUCUGUUCGCUGCACGCGAGAACGCGCAGUGUGCCCUCUGGUUCUCCCUGAGAACGCAGGACCACCCCCCCCUGGGCGUGGACGUGUUCGCACACAGGCCGUGGCCAAAGGUGUUGUUAUACGCUUUCCCACCAGUCCCUCUGAUCCCUCGGUUCCUGGACCGAGUGCAGGAGGAGAGACUGACAGCGAUUUUAAUAGCACCGCACGGGAGCGUCCUGGUUUCCAUGCCUACAGCGGAUGCUGUCAGGGAGGCCGUGGGAAAUUCCGUGGCGCAGGGACGCUCUCUCCCAGGUGGAGGGAGCGAUCAGCGGUCACCCAGUAUUGGGCCAACGUUUGUGGGCAUGGCCCCUGAACGGGAACAUUUAGAGGGGAUGGGCCUCUCUAAAAAUGUUAUUAGUACCAUUCAGGGUUCAAGGGCGGCGUCCACCAGAGCAUCCUACACAGCCAAAUGGGCAGCGUUCCAGCGCUGGUGUGUAGGGAAAAGCCUGGACCCCGUUACGUGCCCCCUGCCUCACGUGCUGUCGUUCCUCCAGACCUUACUAGACAGGAAUUUGGCUUAUAGCACGGUCAAAACGUACGCUGCUGCCAUCUCAUCUUGCCACGUAGGGUUUGGUGUCAGUACGGUGUUUAGUCACCCUCUGACAACACGCUUUCUACGGGGAGUACAGAGACUCAGACCGGUGUCACGCGCUUUGGCGCCUCAAUGGGAUUUGGCGUUGGUGUUACGCGCACUGAGUAAAGCUCCAUUCGAACCUUUAUAUCAGGUCCCCCUGAAGUUCUUGUCAGCCAAAGUAGCUCUGCUCUUGGCCCUAACAUCAGCUAAAAGGGUGAGUGAUUUGUCUGCUCUCUCUGUGGCUCCGUCAUGCCUCCAGAUCCAAGGAGAUGGCAGCUCAGCUGUUUUGCGCCCUAACCCGGCUUUUAUGCCAAAGGUUAUCACAAGCUCUUUUAGAUCAAGAGUGAUAACUUUGGAUGGUUUCUUCCCUCCUCCUCACUCAUCGGAGGAAGAAGCCACAUCUCAUCUCCUCUGUCCCGUACGUGCGCUGUCAUGCUAUAUUGCACGCACAGCCACAUUGCGUAGAUCCCAGCGCCUGUUUGUGCAUCACAGAGAGCACUCAAUAGGGCAGCCUCUGUCUGCACAGCGCCUGUCACACUGGUUGUGUGAGGCUGUGCCACAGGCGUAUGUCUCCUCUGGGAAGGAUCCCCCGGAAAACAUCAAAGCGCACAGCAUCAGAGGAAUUUCAACCUCUACGGCUUUGCACGGAGGAAUGACAGUGGAAGACAUUUGCACUGCGGCAUCUUGGUCUUCCCCCUGCUCUUUUAUUCGUUUUUAUUUGAGGGAUGUCUCCCAUUCCUCUCUUACUCAUUCAGUACUCAGUGUCCUGUCAGAUUGAGUAAUGUCAGAGACUGAACGGUGUGCCCUCUCUCCUACCUGUCGGCACUGAGAGAGCUGCCCCUUUUUCCCCCUCUUUUAUCGUUUUAACAAGUGGGAUUUUUUAUCUCUACUUUUUAAAAUGCUAUAUUUCCAGGGACUGUGAUGCUCCUUUACGCAUGGGUUAUUAAUUGAGUAGAUGUGUUUUUGUACUUCUGGUAACGGACGGACCAGUGGGGCGUGGACUACAUCCUGCUUCGCCCUUAACCCAAUAGCGAUAGCCUUAGAGGGCGAAGCCUUAUA